AUGAAAAGAGGCGGAAAUCCCAAAAAGCGACCCCCUCCGUCGCAUACCCCACCGGCGGGAAGGCAUCGAGCCACCGGUAAUCCGACUCCAUCUCCGGUAAUCGAAACCCUAGAGGAUGAAUUUGUUGACGAAGAUGUGUUCAUGGACGAAGCCCUAAUUCUCGGCGAAGAAGAUGAGGAAUCCCUAAUUCUUCGGGAUAUGGAGGAGCAUGAAGCCGUGUCUGCACGGUCUUCGACUUGGGCUCGACCUCCUCUCUCACCUGCUUAUCUCUCGAAUUCGGAGAGUAUCAUUUUUCAGAAAUUGGAGAUUGAUGAUGUACUUAAAGAGAGUAACAAGGAGCUGUUACCGGNUUNCUCAGGGCAANCUGCAGUCAUCAGGAUUUUCGGUGUAACCAGAGAAGGUCAUAUUCUGUGCUGCUUUGUUCAUAAAGGCAUACAACUUCAUGGAUUGGGAAAUUGGAUCGAAGUGCCUGCUGGAAAAUAUAAGAAAAACGCAAGAACUUUCACAUACUGCCAAUUGGAGUUCAAUUGCCUGUUCUCAGAUUUGAUCAGUCAUGCUGCAGAAGGUGAAUACUCGAAAAUGGCUCCAUUCCGUGUACUAAGUUUCGAUAUUGAGUGUGCAGGUCGUAAAGGACACUUUCCAGAGGCUAAGCAUGAUCCUGUGAUCCAGAUAACGAAUCUUGUAACUCUUCAGGGAGAGGAUCAACCAUUUAUACGCAAUGUCAUGACUCUUAAGUCAUGUGCUCCAAUCGUAGGCGUAGAUGUCAUGUCUUUUGAAGCAGAAAGAGAGAGAGCUGCAGCAAUGGGAAUAGAGGAUUUUUCUCUUCUUGGUCGUGUAAAGAACAGUAGGGUCCAAGUCAAGGACUCAAGAUUUUCGUCAAGACAACAAGGAACAAGGGAAAGUAAAGAGACCACUAUUGAAGGGCGAUUUCAGUUUGACCUUUUUCAGGCAAUACUUAGAGACUACAAAUUAAGUUCUUAUUCGCUGAAUUCUGUCUCAGCUCACUUUCUUUCCGAGCAGAAAGAGGAUGUCCAUCAUUCUAUAGAAAGAGGACAGAGUAUCAAGGUUCUAUCUCAGCUUCUUAGAAAAGCUAAACAGAAGAACCUGGUUCUUCCGAAUGCUAAACAGUCUGGGUCCGAACAAGAAGCUAUGAAGGCGCAACUAAGCACGAACAGGUUUCUAUGA